GCGAUUAUUGCCGCAAAGUGGGGAUUCUCUGCGGUUACUCGUAGGAAGCUGUGCGUCAUAUAAAAGGCAGGACACGGUACGUGAGCGUCAGUGCGUUCGCGUUGUAACUUGCUUGUAAAUCGAUUGUGACGCGUUGAUCCGUGAUCUCUUUUGUUGGCAAGUUUUUUUGAAGCAACACAAGAUGUCUGAGGAGCCGCUGGUAGUGGAGGCAGUGUAUCUGUACGAGAAGGAGAAUGCGGAGGCCCAUCGCACCUUCAACUUCGAGAUGGUCCACGGGGACCCGGCGAUUCCCGUCCUGCGACGUGGACAGGCCUUUAACAUGGCUCUGCGAUUCAAUCGCGAGUACGUGGACGAGACCGACAUCGUCCGGUUGCUCUUCAGCUUCGGACCGAAUCCCAACGUGUUGAGGGGCACUCGAGGAGUGAACACCAUCACCAAUCGGGACGCUUACUUGACCGAUCUUGAGGCCUGGGGCGUUCGAAUGAUCGGAGCUCACGGGAUCGAUCUUUCCGUCGAGGUUCGCAGCCCGAUCGACAGCCCCGUCGGAGUGUGGCAGUUGAACGUGGAGACCAACACCUUGGGCAGACGAAAGGCGCCGAACACUUACAAUUACGACAAGGACAUCUACUUGCUCUUUAAUCCGUGGAUAAAGGAGGACUUGGUGUACAUGGAGGACGAGCAGCUGCUGGACGAAUACAUUCUCAACGACGUCGGGAAGAUAUGGGUAGGUCCCUGGGGUAGUUCGCGCGGUAGAGAAUGGGUCUUCGGCCAGUUCGACGCGUGCGUACUGCCUGCCUGUCAGCUGAUGCUCGAGCGAUCCGGCAUCAAAGCGAUUUCUAGGGGCGAUCCGGUCAGAAUAACUCGGGCCAUCUCGAGAAUUGUGAACUCUAACGAUGACAAGGGCGUGAUAACCGGUCGCUGGGACGGCGAGUACGGCGACGGGACCGCGCCGGCCGCCUGGACCGGAAGCGUGCCGAUUCUGGAGCAGUUCCUGGAGACCGGAAAGGACGUCCAGUACGGCCAGUGCUGGGUGUUCGCCGGUGUCGUCACCACGGUGUGCCGCGCGCUGGGAAUCCCCUCGAGGGUGGUGUCCAAUCUGGUGUCGGCUCACGACGCCAACGCCUCGCUGUCGGUGGAUCGUUACUACGACAGAAACAACGAGGAACUCGAGUACGAUCCGAACAAUUACAUGGGCGAGGACUCUAUCUGGAACUACCACGUGUGGAACGACGUGUGGAUGGCGAGACCGGAUCUUCCCAAGGGUUACGGAGGUUGGCAGGCGAUCGACGCCACUCCUCAGGAACAAUCGGACAGCUUCUACCAGUGCGGACCGGCGUCGGUGGAAGCUAUCAAACAGGGCGCGGUUGGCUACAACUACGACGUGACCUUCAUGGUCGCGUCCGUGAACGCCGAUCUGAUGAGAUGGAAGGAGGAUCCCGAGAGCGAUCUGGGAUACUCCAAGAUCGACUGCAACAAGUACCACAUCGGGCGGAUGAUUCUAACGAAGGCCCCGUGGAUCUUCGAUCCGAACGGAGACAAGGACAGGCAGGACAUAACGUCGAUCUACAAGGCCAAGGAAGGCACCGAGGCCGAGAGACUGACCUUGUUCAGGGCGGUGCGCAGCACCGAGAUGGCGAAGAGAUUCUACUCGCUGCCGUCGCCGGGCAAGGAGGACGUCGAGUUCGAUCUCGUGGAACUCGAACGCGUCAACAUCGGCGAGCCGUUCGCCGUGACCGUGAAGGUCGAAAACAAGUCCGAUGAAACGCGCACCAUUCAGGCGAUCCUGUCCGCCGGCAGCGUUUACUAUACCGGAGUCAAAGCGAAUCUGGUGAAGAGAGCGUCCGGCGAUUUCGUUCUCCGACCAAAGGCCGUCGAACAGUUGAGGCUCACGGUGACCGUGAACGAUUACUUGGACAAACUGGUCGAGUACUGCAUCAUGAAGCUGUACUGCAUCGCGACGGUCAAAGAAACUCGACAGACCUGGGCGGACGAGGACGAUUUUCAGGUUUUGAAACCGAACAUCGAGGUCAAGAUCGAAGACGAACCAAUGGUUGGGAAGCCGUCGACCAUCACGCUGAGCUUCAAGAAUCCGCUGAAGAGGACCCUGACGAACUGCCAGUUCAAUUACGCCGGACCGGGUCUCUCCAGAAACAAGACUCUGUCCUUCAGAAACGUCGGUCCUGAGGAGGACGUCUACGUGGAGCAUCAGCUCGUGCCGCAGAAGCCCGGCGAGCAGAAGAUAAUCGCCACUUUCACAUCGAAGGAGCUGGUCGACAUCACCGGUUGCGCAACCGUGGACGUCCUCGAGGCCGAGUGAACGGGCCCAGCUGCUCAUCAAUUAAUCAAACUCACUUUGUUUUUUAGUUCAGAGCGCGUGUUCAAAGUCGCGCGUUCGAAUCGUCGUUGAAUACUGAAAAAUAUUUUAGCUCUAUAUUUCUUCUCAGAUAAAUGCGCAAAUGACAAAAGCAGAUUCUCGCACAUUUUAACGAGCAAUCUGCAACAGUUUUAAUUAUUAUCAGUAGGAUUAGAGAUAAUACGUUCUCGCGUACAAUAAAAAGUGUCGAGAGCGAACGAAGUGCGAGAUAAAAACAAACCGAUUUAAAAUCGGAAACUUAAACGCAAAGAUAUCGAAGCGUAACAGAACAUAAAACAUAAGAAAUUCGCCUCUCCUUCCACGGCAAAUCCUUUAUUUUUAUUUUUAUUUUUUUUUUAUUAUACACAUAAACAUUUUAUAAGCGAGAUUCUUCCUCGCAAUGCGCUUUUUUCUACAUUCGUAAGUUUAUAUUUUUAUAUAACGCAAAACAACUAAAAUAAAUAGAUGUGAUUUAAAAAGAA